GUUGGCAACAUGUACAGUGACAAAGUCUUGGGCCAUUUUAGGGAAGUGUUAAAGAGACGCCAGAAACAGAGCUCUCUCCACAGUUAUUUUGUGAGACAGGACUCCAGUGACUCUCAAGGUGGUCCUAGUGGCAUUAAGAAACAGAGAAGAGAAGCAACCCCAGAAAAGCAAAUGGUACCUGAGGUGUUGAUGGAAGGGGAUUCCCCUUCCAAACUAUAAACAAUCCACUCUCUCCUCCUCCAGUCUCCCAUACACUAAGAAGAAUCUCCAAUAAAGGUGUUGACAUGGACCAAGGAGCCGGAUAUGCUAGCUGAGCCCAUACCUGGUAUGGACCAUAGAGUGGUGGCUGAGUUAAGGAGGAACUUCUUAGAACCUCCAUCAACUUUGCCUUACAACCUGUCAAGGGACCUGCAGUACCUACAAGCCAGCACUUCGGGCACCUGGACCUACAUACAUAAGCACCUCCAACACAUUUUCGCUCAGGAGCGGCAAGGUUUCUUUGUGGAGGCAGGAGCUCUUGACGGCCAGCAACUCUCUAACACCCUCUGGAUGGAGCAGGAACUAGGCUGGACCGGGCUGCUGAUAGAACCUGAUACCUCCAGCUACAGGGCUCUGAGGGCCAAGCGUCGCAAAGCCUGGAUCUCUAAUACAUGUCUCUCUCAAGACGGCUUUGCUAGACGGUCUAUCCAUGUCGCGGCCACACCAACAGAUGGUUCAGCACCCCCAUGGCACGUCAGAGGAGCAUCAUACCAAUAUGGCAUUAACAGGAGCAACUUCUUCAAAGACUUCUUGCGUCGUGCAGAUCAAACCUACAUGACAACAACGUGUUUUCCUUUGGUGUCUUACAUCAUAGCACUCAAUAUCUCUAAGAUCGACUUCUUUUCACUGGAUACCCAAGGUAUGGAAGAAUAUAUCCUGAAGGCGGUUCCAUGGGAGGAGGUGAGUGUGCGGGUGCUGGUGAUAGAGAUAGAGGACAGCGCCUACGCACCCAGGAUCAUCCAAUACUUGACUGGCAAAGGAUACGUUUUGUUAGACUAUCUAACAGACUACAUUUUUGUCAAACAAGGUGAUCCUGUCCUUAACCACUUGAAGAUUUAAAUUAUAUUUUUUUUACACAACAGCCGUCUCCCACCAAGGUAGGCUGACCCGAAGAAGUCAUUGCUUGGAAAAGUGCUAAACCCUCAGGAUUUAGCAACUAGGGUCAACCCAAGGAGAAGUCCUUGAAUCAAGAGUCCAUCACCAGCAUCACAGAAACUACCAUGAUGCAGGUUCAAGCGAUUGCUUGUAAUUAUCACGUCUUGUACUCCAGGAUACAAGGAA